AGAGAGAGAGAGGCACACUGCCGCUAUCACACACACACACACACACACACACACACACACACACACACUGGGACUAUAUUAUUUGGGAGUGCGCGCAGUGAGAGACAGUUGAUGACGGAGCUGCUGGAUGUUUCGGACACUAACAGCAGACUGAAGAAUCUGAGCCGCGGAGAGAAACUCUACUUUAAAGAUGUACUGAUCGGGGGGGAAACAGCCCUACAGACAAACAGAUACAGACAUGAUCCCUUAUUCUCCCUGAGGAACUGACCAAUCAGCAGUCAGGAUGAUGCCCAAGCAGCAGCUGGCUCAGACGUCUCCAGGGAGCGUGCUGUCGCUGAGAGGGUCCAGCGUCCCAGGAUCCCCGGCUGCAGCCAUCGUGGCCAGAGUGGAGGACGGGGUGAUCGGCUAUAAGGACUUGGCAGCGUUACCGAGAGACAAAGCCAUCCUGGAUAUAGAGAGACCGGAUCUGAUGAUCUACCAGCCGCACUACAGCUACAGCCCACUGGAGCGGUCGUUGUCUCCUCGCUCCAUCUCUCCUCCUGCCUCCCCAGAGAGGGAGUCCCGGGAGUGGCUGGAGAACCGAUCUCCUGGAGGUUCCUCUCCUGGUUCCACCAUCCCGACCAGCAGGACCCACAGCACGCACACACCGCCCACCCCAAAUACCCCAAACACCCCAAACACCCCCCACACACUCCCGUCCGGCAGCAAGAGCAGCAUGCAGCACUUCCACCGGCCGGAAAACGGCUCCAACAUCUAUAAGAAGCCUCCCAUCUACAAACAAGAUGUGUCGUCCUCUCAGGUCCCUCAGGGGAAACACAUCGAGGAUCUGAUCAUCGAGUCCUCGAAGUUUCCAGCAGCUCAGCCUCCGGACCCGAACGUGCCCUCCAAGAUAGAGACGGACUACUGGCCCUGCCCCCCCUCCCUGGCUGUGAUUGAGAAGGAGUGGAGGAAGAAGGGAAGGGAUGAAGAUGAGGAGGAGGAUGGAGAGCUGGAUGAUGAGCUGUGGGGACUCAGAGUUCUUCAGAAACAAGAACUCAACAAGAUUCAGUCCAAUCUGGGAAAGAUCAUCUUGAAGGAAGAGUUGGAGAAAUCUUCAGCUCCUCUGAGGAGGAAAACUCGCUCGCUACCGGACCGCAGCCAGAACGCCAGCUCCAACGCCUCCAAGUCUGUGUAUUUCCCAGCAUCCUCUAAGAGCGGCCUGUCCAGGCUGCAGUCGGCAGAGUUCAGCUCGUCGGAGAAAACUCCCGCAGAUCUUCAGAACGGAGACUCUCGGAUGGACAGAGGGAACUCUCUCCCCAGCAUGUUGGACCACAAAAUCUACCCUUAUGAGAUGUUGGUGGUGACCCACAGAGGGCGGAGCAAACUGCCCCCCGGUGUGGACAGAACCCGGCUGGAGAGACACCUCUCUCAGGAGGAGUUCUUCAGUGUUUUCGGGAUGUCCAUCGAGGAGUUCGACUGCCUCUCCGUCUGGAAGAGAAACGACCUGAAGAAGAAAGUCUGCCUCUUCUGACGCCGCUGGAGGCUGCAUCUCCCACAAUCCCCUGCUCUUCUUGGAUCACUGCGGGAUCCUGAAAAAAAAAAAAACUGAACAAAACGUCAUCAUCAGCACCGCCGCCAUCUUCUUCACCGCCGCCGCCGCCGCAGCAGCAGCUCUGUCAGCGGGACGGCUCAGGCUUCAGGUUUGAUUCACAGAGGUUAGAUUCCUGCUGCAGCGUCAACUCCACCAGAACCAGAACAACACCACGACUCCUGUUUGAUACGCUUCUAGUCGAGAGAGCGAUGUUUGUACGCACGGAGCGCAGAAGAGCUGCACGACUUCUUUUAAUGAAUAGUUUGUUUCUCCACCUGAGGAAGAGUGAAGAGUCACACCAGCAUUUUAAUCUGAACCUUUAGACUCAUUCAAUUUCAACAGAAUCUCUUUAAUGUGGCUGAACUUUGACGAGUAAAAAUGAACACUGCACCUUAAGAACAUAUUUAUCUUUCAGAAUAAAAGCACUACAAAUGAAUGAAAUACAAGUUAAGAGUAAAUCGACAGCACAUUUUAUUUUCAUGUGUUUAAAAGAAGGGAUGUUUUCUUAAGCUGCAGUGGAUUUACUUACGGGAUAACUCUGAGUGGCUCCGCCCACUGUAUGAUUAAGCCCCGCCCCCUCCGAGUACACAAUAAUACAGAUGAUGUAGGAUCACGUUGGCUAAUCUCUAGAGUCUGUGCACUCUGGUGUUCAUUUCAGACUGUUUGUCUUUUUAAAUGACCUGAAACACUCAGAUCUAUAAACGAUAUAAACCUUUAGACCUUCUUUAGACACAUUCAUUUCUGGUGUGACCCGGCACGACGUGACGACACUUCCUGGUCUUUUCUCAUCCGUCUGAAAACUUUAAACUGUGAAGCGGGAGCCGACGGAUACGGACGAGUCCUCUGUUCGUUUGGUUGCAUUCUGGGAAAUGAAGUUAAUUCUACUGUUCUUCUCAAGCGGAGUUUAUAUGUUAAUCCCACUAAUCUAAGCAUUAAAAGUUUUCCAUACAGCAGAUUAAACAUUAGACAGAUGACACCAGCUGCAGACGCGAAUCCCUGCUGGUUCUAUUCCAACUGAAGGGAAUAUAUUUUAUUAUCGAGCUUCCAGCUGCAGUCGGGCUUUAAAGAACAACAUUCCUGCUGACUCGGAGUCAGUUCUCAGUACAGAUUAGAUGCUGACUGUGAGGAACAGACCUUUUCAAAAGGAUCGUUCCUAUUGGCUUAGCCAGCUAUGAUGUCAUAAUGACAGCGUUUCUUUCCCAGCACCUAAAAGAAGAACGAGGAGACAGUUUGAUCACAGACGAAACUAAUAAAGCUAAUAAAGCUAAUAAAGCUGUAACUCAUUUGUUGUUGAUGAAACAUUUGCUGAAGACAUCAACUUAUCUUUAUUGAUUUAUUGUAUUAUUAUAUAUAUUUAUAAUGGAAAGCUCUGCACUGGCCUGUGUAUGGAAGCCUCUUUCUGCCAGUAAAAUAAAAAAUAAGAUGAAAUCAUGAGAAUAAAACAAAUGUUCAUGUUAAAUCUAAAUAAUGAAAUACAAAUUGAUCAUUUUGAUACUUAUUUUAUCUCAUCAUUUCGAUUUAACAUGAACAUUUCUUCAAGUUUUCAUCUUCUUUUUUGUAUUUUACUGGCAGAAAUGAGCUUCCUGUUACACAACCGUAGUCUGACACUCCCCCACAGAGGCUGGAGCGUUAGCCUCUCUCAUCAGCUGAUGAACUGAUGAACUGAUGAACUGAGCUGUUGUUUUAGCCCUCAGUUCAAUAAAAUGUGUCUCUAUUACCAAAACAAGAGCUUAAAGUUCCGCUAGCAGCUCUGUACUGAGACACAGCAGUGUCGUUAUCGUUAUGGGACAAAAUACUCAACAAAUAUUAAAUCAAUCUUCAUAUAAACAGACGCCAUUUCACCCAAACUCAGCUCCUAUUGGCUGUGAUGAAACUGUCUCCUCCUUGUUCUUCUUUCUUCAGCAAAAGCCACUGCCCUGUUUUAUCUGAACACACACACACACACACACACACACACACACACUGGGAGAUAGUGUAGAAGAACAAUGUGAACCAGAGCCUGAACUGCACUCUGCACAGCUCCGGUUCGUCCAAUAAGCAGGUUGUAGACAUUUAGCGUGGGCUAGUGUUGCUUAGUGACCAAAUGAUGUGCAGCUAUUUUUUAACCUCCAUAGAGAAGUGGCAUGUUUGUUAUUAAAACCUGAAUGAAAAUGUAAAAUCAUCUUUAAAAAAAAAAAAAAAGUGAAUUAUAUCAAUACAUUUUCCCCAUCAGAGGAGACGACGGAGGACAGAGGCAUGAUGGGAAAUGACUGGAGAUCUUUACACAUUAUUCAACCUGAAGUGAACUGAUGGACUCGUUAACACUUCGGUGAAUCUGUGACGACUUUAACACAUAGUUAUAUAUCCUGAAAGUAUAUUAAUAUCCAUCAGCAUCAUAUCUGAUCUCCACAAACAUGGAUGAGUUCAAUCUAAAGGACUCGUUAUACGAACACGGGCGUUGAUUCAAAGCUGAACCUCCAUCUGGAUGAAUUUAAAGGUGCAAUUAUAUUUUAAUAAAUCAAAUUAAUACAGAUAACGUGAUAUAAAGACUCCAUCCAGCCUUUUCUCCUCCUGCAGGUAAACCAGACUAACACGGUAGUUCCCAACCUUUUUCCUUCUAUCAUUAAUAAACAGACUCAUAUUUUAUGGAUAUUUCAUUUAUAUUAAAAACUGUACAAUGAACCCAAACAGUGAACUCAGUAACUGCAGGAAGUUUGAGUGAAACGAGACAUUUGGAUGAAUUUUGAGCAGAUUAUUUCCUGUUUAUGGAACUUUUUAUAUAAUUGAAUACAAUACAGUAAAACCAACAUCUCGACCCUGCAGACUCUGUAUGGAAGCCCCUUUCUGCCAGUAAAAUAAAAAGAUCAAUACUUAUAAUAAUAAAAUAAUUGAAAAAAAACAUGUAAAGUUAAAAAAAAUACAAUUAGUUUAAUUCAAAAUUGUGACUUUUAUCUCAAAAUCUCGAUUUUUUAAAUCAUAAUUUUGACUUUUUAGAGGAACUUUUUAAAUAAUACAACACAAACAAGUAUUGUAACAGUUGUAGACGCUGACAGAUGGUUCAUCCAAUCAGUAUUUUUUUAAAGUGCCCGCCCUUUUCCAAACAAUCGCUCCCAGACGGUUCUGUGUAACAAACCAUCUGCCCCCGUCAACCCUCAGAGCGUCCGCAGUCAUUACUCUGCUGUUUUUGUGUUAAUGUGAUUUAUCGACGCUCCUUUAAAUUCAGACCCGUGUGUGAGGUUUGAAUUCACUCUCACCGCACGACGCCAAAAAUAAUCACCGCCGCCACAUCCUGCAUCACACGCCACCACGUCUGCCUCGCCACCACGCGCUUCCUGUACCUGUGGGGAUGAAUGUUUGUCGAGCGAGCGAGCAUCGGUCACUUUACGUUGAUGAUUUCCUUUACUCUACUCUUUCUUUUCGCGAGGAAUGAUUCUGACGCUGUUUGAUGAUACUGAGAGGAUUUACGCUUUGUUCUGAUUGGUUGUGAGUAGUUAGAAACAGGAAGUGGGUUGCUGUGACUGACACCAUGAUGACACAAAGAUUGUUCCACGUUUUCUUUUUCUUUUUGUAUAUUUUAAAGUGUUUUAUUGUUUCUUUUUUUUAACAAAAUUAUUUGAACACGCAGGGCGACUUCGGCGAGACCCGGUCGCCGCCAACGAGUCGGAUAUUUGAACAGCUGCGAGCAUGAUGUCAUGGUGAUGAUGUCAUAUUUUUAUUUAGCCUUUAAUUAAUAGAUUUAUAUAAACGACGCUGGCAGAGACGGGUUGCUGGCAGAGGUGCACGACGGAUUUUAAUCCAGAGUUAAACUGAAAAGAGGUCAGACUGAAGUCAGACUGGGGUCAGACUGGGGUCAGACUGGGGUCAGAGGUCGGACUCGUUGGCGGGGACUCACCUGUCCGCAGCCGCCCUGCUGCUGUACAUACUGAACCACUGAAUGACGAUAUAAUUCUGGUUGUUGUUGUUUUGGAUGCAGGUGAUGUAACAGGUGAAUGGUGAUGUGAAUGAUUAACCAUGAGUUACAAUAAAGAGCAUUUCUAUUUGCUUUGA